CUAAACUCUUAUCAAAGAUAUAAAUAUCUGACAUGGCUUUGACCCGGAAGUGUAUUUGUUCAUAAACAUUAUAGCAGUAAGAAUGUACACGUAGAUUGAAAAUGGGCGAUUCCUGGAAUCCUAGCUUCUCUGAUAGCGAUUCAGAUGAUAAUCCGAUAUAUGUUGCCAGAGAUCCAAGAAAAGACAAGCAUUUUGAUCGUAAACAAGAAUUGCUGUGGAAUUGCAAAGGAAAAGUCGGAAAAUUCGGGCAAGGGAAAGAUCCACUGGUGAUUGCUGUCAUUGGACCUCCCGGAUGUGGAAAAUCAUCAUUUCUUAAUACCAUAUUUGCUGCCUUCAGCCAUGAUCAUUGGUCUGAACACGCAAAGUAUGGAGAAUUUGGUAGGAGAGGGAAGCAAGUAACAAGAAGACUAAAAAGUUUCCAAAAGAAAGAUUACUACAAAGACAGAGAUGAAUAUCUUUUGCCAACGUUUCUUGAUAUGACAGGAUUUGAAGAUGACGACGCUCCAUUGAAUAAAGAACUUUUAAAUAUUGUUUUAUGCGGAAAACUGAAAGAAGGAGAAGAACUUCAUGACGUGAUAAAAUAUGGACAACAUUUUGGUGUUAAUGCUGUCAAAGAAAAGUAUUUUGGUGGAAACUAUUUUGGUAUUAUUCGAAAACAAGAAAGCAGGAAUCCUGUUUCGAAGCUUUUAGAUUUUUCUGUCAUUGAGAAUAGGGAAGAGUAUCUUCGAGUGAAUAGAAUUUUUGUUGUUUGUUCGGCAAACCCAGAUCAGCCCUUACCAGAAAAUCUGUUUGAAGCCAUCACUGAUAUUACCAACAGAGAGAGAGAUAUUACCUUAUAUGGUGUUCUCACGCAGGCAGACAAAUACAAAUCUAGAGAUCAAAACGUUUUGAAGAGAGAAAAGAAAUUCAUGAGGGCGCUUGGAAUUCCAAAGAAUCGUUUUGCAAGAGUCAAAAAUUACUGUCCGGAUAUAGAUCCGAAACUGACAUAUGAAGAUACUAUUAUACCUUCCUUAGAUGUACCUGUAUUGCGGCUCAUGAGACAGGUUUUGACUGCAGAACCAACAGACCAGGACUAUGAGCAUCGUAGAACCAAGAAUGGGAAGUAUGUGCCUAAUUUGUCCGAACCGUGGGCUGCAUUCAAAGCAGCAGUAACUGUUAUAUUAUUAUUGUUUAUAUUAUUUGUGCUUUUUUGUAGGAAAUAAAUUGAUGUGAAUUAAAUAACUUUGACAACUUGA